AAUACAAUAAUUGCUAUCAAAACAAACAAACAGUGAUUGAAAUGAGUGCUGACUUUAAUGAUAAGUCAAUUGAUUGUCAAAACAGACAAUUGUUGGAUGUUUUGAACAAAACGACUGCUUUUAUAACAAAAUUAUUAUCAUUGAAGACAAUUGUCGCACAACUGUCACCACAACUAAGCCAAGAACUACAAGAAUUGGACAAUGAGUUGAAACAUGUAUUGGAAAGUCAUCUUAAAAUACCAGUGUUUGUUACCGCCGAUGAUGUCAAUAACAACAACAACAGUCGGGAUCAGUUGGACAACGGCGGCGGCGAUAAUGAUAAUGACCACAGCGACGGUCAAUCGGUGAUUGCUAUUGAAGACGAUGACGAUAAGGAAGAAGGAGAAGACGUCAUCGAUAAGGAUAGUCAGACAGCGAAUACCGACGGCAACGAUGACCACCAGUCGGCGACCAGACAGAAAAUUUUCAAAUGUUUUGCUAAACGCUGUUACUUUGUCUUCAAUAAUAUCGACGAAUUGGUGGCACAUUUGCAAACGAGUCAUUCAAUCAUUCGUCAUCGGUGUCCAAACUCAGAAUGUUUGAUGCAAUUGUUUGAAUCGGAAGAUGAACUCGAAAAACAUCGGCUAAAGAAACACAUAGAUGACGGCCAUAUGGUUGGUGUAGUCAUAGACGAUAAUGAAGAUAACAGUGCGGUUGUCAAUGAUCAAGAAGUCGGCGGCGAAAGUCAAACAUCAGCCGACAAUAGUAGUCAGCCAUCGAAACCGACGGUCACGCGAUACAAGUGUUAUGUCAAAGACUGUGGCUUUAUAUACGACAAGAUUAAGGAUCUGUUAGUACAUCUGAAAUCUGAGCACUCGAUCAGCGCUUUUCGGUGUAGUGAUGAAAACUGUGUCAGUCAACUGUUCCCGACAAGAAAUGCCGUCAAAAAGCACCGAAUGCUCAAACAUUGUGGCAUUGGUACCGGCGAUGGAGGUAUUGGUAUCCAACUACUACAACAACAACAACAAUCGGGCCAAUCGCCAGUGAAUAUACCGUUGAUAAUAUUGCCGCCGUGGACUCAAUGUAUGAAAUGUAAUUACAAAAACUGCGGUAAACUGUUUACGAGCAAAGAGUUUCUGGCCCAACACAUCCAAAAUUUUCACAUCAAUAAUAAUAAGAAGAAGAAAAAUAAAAGUGAUAGCGAAAAGUCAACCGAUAGUGAAAAUGUUUGCAAAGUUUGCGGACUCGAGUUUACCGACAAACAGCUGAUGUGGUGUCACGUAAAGUCGCACGAGAUUGAGAUACAGUGCGGACAGUAUUUGUCAGAGUUUUCCGGUAUUUCCAACCAAUUGCUGGUGAAUAAUAAUAAUGUGGUCACCGACGGUAGGGCCCAAACGAUAGUGUUGACUACGACUGCAGGAACUACCGAUACCAAUGUCCAACCGCAGCACUGGAGAUGUUUGCUGUCCACCUGUAAUCAGCUAUCAAUCACUCGAUCGCAUCUCAUCGAACACAUGAAGAUUGUCCACUUUGUAGCACCGAUUAGCUGUCGGCGGCCACAGUGUCAGCAAAUGUUAUUCAUCGACAGAGUUACGUACGCCAAACACAACGACGAAUGUCACCGAACCAAUCGAUGUCCGUACGAGGGCUGUGUCUUCCGAACCGAACACAAGAGUGGACUCGACAUUCAUCUGUUGUCCCAUUCGGAUAUCAAACAGUUUUGGUGUCCGCGCGACGGCUGUGGCGCCCAAUUCAAGUACCGGCACAAUGUUGUACAUCAUUUGCGACGAGUGCACGACACCAGCGAUACGCUAAUCAAAUGCGAUUAUCCCGAUUGCGAGCGGACCUACAAAAACAUAUACGUUCUCAGAAAGCACAAGAAAGAGCAACACUCAAACAUUAGGGUCGUCUGCGAACAGCCGACUUGUGGCCAACAGUUUCGUACUCGGAAACAGAUGCGCCACCAUAUGAUUGUUGUCCACUCGGAUCGUGUCUAUCGUUGUCAUUGGCCGGGCUGUGAGUUUGAACAUAAAGUCGAUCGCCAACUGAAACAACAUAUACUAACACAUUCGGGUUUCCGGAGGUAUAGUUGCGACCUAUGCUCGUAUAGGACACAAUCGAAGAAGUUGUUAACUAAUCACAUCAGACGUCAACACGAAGUGGACAACGACAACGAUGCCGACACCAACACAUAACUCAAUAGUGUUGUUGUUUUUUUAUG